UGUGUAUAUAAUAAAUAAUACAAAUAUAUAUAAUCAUUUUUCAAACUCUAACAACCAGUAGGUAAGCCAUCUUCAAGGUCUAUAACACCCUCCACCUCCAACAGAAUAAUGCUGUGACUUGCUCAACCGUGGAGGCUGAAUCUUUGGCCGAUCGUGUUUGUGUUUUGAGUUCAAGAAACACGAAGCAUCGAGAUGAAGAUCUUCAUCUUGACUUGUGUCUUUCUUGUGAUAUGUUCUUUGUCAGCUGCUUUUGAUCCUCUAGAUCCAACUGGAAACAUAACAGUCAAAUGGGAUAUCAUGUCUUGGACUGCAGAUGGUUAUGUGGCUACGGUAACGAUGAACAAUUUUCAGAUGUACCGCCACAUCCAGACUCCAGGGUGGACUCUCGGAUGGACAUGGGCUAAGAAAGAAGUGAUAUGGUCCAUGGUUGGGGCUCAGGCCACAGAACAAGGAGACUGUUCAAAGUUCAAAGCCAAUGUGCCACAUUGUUGUAAGAAGAACCCAACAGUUGUGGACUUGCUACCUGGUGUCCCUUACAACCAACAAUUUUCCAACUGUUGCAAAGGUGGGGUCGUGGCCGCAUGGGGUCAAGACCCCUCCACUUCAGUCUCGGCCUUCCAGGUCAGCGUUGGGAUGGCCGGGACAACAAACAAGACGGUCAAACUACCGAAGAAUUUCACUCUUUUAGGCCCUGGACCGGGGUAUACAUGUGGACCGGCGAAGGUUGUUCCUUCAACUACUUUUCUCACUCCGGAUCGUCGAAGGAAAACUCAGGCAUUAAUGACAUGGAAUGUGACAUGCACGUAUUCACAAUUUUUGGCUUCAAAACACCCGAGUUGUUGCGUGUCUUUCUCGUCGUUCUACAAUGAAACAAUCACGCCUUGUCCUAAUUGUGCGUGUGGUUGCGAGAACAAGAACAAAUGUGUCAAGAGUGACUCUAAGCUUCUAAGUGUUGUUGGAGUAAAUACACCGAGAAAAGACAAUUCGCCGUUGCUUCAAUGCACUCGGCAUAUGUGUCCCGUGAGGGUUCACUGGCACGUAAAGCAAAAUUACAAAGACUACUGGCGAGCGAAGGUGGCAAUAACGAACUUCAACUAUAGGAUGAACUACACGCAGUGGACGCUCGUGGUUCAACAUCCUAAUCUAAAUAAUGUUACUCAAGUUUUUAGCUUUGACUACAAGCCACUCGUUCCGUAUGGGUCCAUAAAUGAUACGGGUAUGUUCUAUGGCAUGAAGUUCUUCAAUGACUUACUAAUGGAAGCUGGUCCAACAGGAAAUGUACAGUCAGAAGUGCUACUACAAAAGGACCAAAACACAUUCACUUUCAAGCAAGGAUGGGCGUUCCCGAGAAAGGUCUACUUCAACGGUGAAGAAUGCAUGCUGCCUCCACCGGAAUCAUACCCAUUCUUACCAAAUUCUGGUCAUGAAACCCGAGUUGGUGUGCUAACAUUAUUGGUUUCUUUGGUUAUGUUCAUAUUCUUUUGAAUUUAGCAUUACUUGUCUUGCACUUGGUUAGUAGUUUGAGUUUUGAAGCUAAAAGAAUGAUACACAUACACAUGACACAGAGUUGAAUCAAGGUUCAUAAAGUGUCAAAUUCUUUGAAAGAACACAAAAGAUUGUACUUAUUUCAUGAGACUACUGUACUACAAAGAUUUUUGUAUAUUUUAUGGAAUACGAGUUAACUCAACAAAAGUUACCAA